GCGCUGGCUGGCGCUGGAGCAGGGGGGGGGCUGGGUGGUGGGCGGGGAAAGCGGCCCUGGAAGCUUCCUGAUUGCUGGAGCGAAGCUGCCAGUCUGCCCGGCUCCCCCAGUCAAGCAGAGCACUAGUGGAAGAGCCACACUUCUCGUCUCCCCGAGCCGGAGUGUGAGCCGUGUGUGCCCGGCGAGCAGCCCCACGCCCGGACGGUGCAGCGCGCAGCAGCAGCCAGCCAGCCCGCCCCAGCCCCUUUCAAUGGAGGAGCAGCCCGGCCAGCCUCCGCAGCACAGCCAGCACCACCACCAUCACCACCACUACUACUACUACAACCACAACCACCACCACCACCUCCAGCAGAGCCCCUACCUGCAGCAUGCGGCCGAGCCCAGCCCCAAGGCCCCGCCGAAGCCGCUGCUGAAACAUGAGCACAAGCACGCGGGCCCGCAGCACCAGGACACGCCGAAGAAGAAAACAGGCUAUGGAGAGUUAAAUGGUAACGCAGGAGAAAGAGAAGUAUCAUUAAAGGGCCUGUGUGCUGAUGAAACAACCAACCCAUCUUCCAGGGUACCGAAUGGCAGCCAGCAACUUGUAGACACUAAUGUAAACCCAAAGCAGACUGUUAAGGCCAGCACCUUUGGGAAAGCUGGAAUCAAACCCAAGAACUUCAUUCAGAAAAACAGCAUGGACAAAAAGAAUGAAAAAAUUUAUGAGAAUAAACUUAGAGAAAAUCAAUCCUCAGACAAGCCAGAGGCAGUAUCUAUUCCAAAUGGUGUUGUAACAAAUAGUUCUGGUUAUAUCACUAAUGGCUAUGUAGGCAAAGGGGCAGAUAAUGAUGGUAGCGGGUCUGAGAGUGGAUAUACCACACCUAAGAAACGGAAAGGCAGGCGUAACAGUGCCAAGGGUUGUGAGAACUUGAACCUAGUGCAGGACAAAAUAAUGCAACAGGAGGUCAAUGCCCCAUCCUUAAAACAGGAACUUGAGAGUUUCAAGACUGACUAUAGUGAACAAAAGGGAAACCGAGUUGACAAUACUAGGCCUGUUUGGAAGUAUGAAGCUGGGCCUGGAGGAGCAGGUCGUGGGAAAACAGGGGUUGGGGAGGUACAACGAAAAAACUCUGAUGCCAAACCUGGGAUUAGCAGCAAAAAGUUUGAUGACCGGCCCAAGGGGAAGCAUGCGUCAGCGGCUGCAUCAAAAGAGGACUCAUGGACCCUGUUUAAACCACCCCCAGUUUUUCCAGUGGACAACAGCAGUGCUAAAAUAGUUCCUAAAAUAAGUUAUGCAAGCAAAGUUAAAGAAAACCUCAACAAAGCAGCUCAGAACCCAUCUUCGUCUCUGUCUUCUUCAUCAUCGUCUUCAUCUACUGGAGAAACGCAGGCCCAAAUGCCGAGUCGACUGUCCCAAGUGCCCAUGUCUGCUAUGAAGUCUGUUACUUCUGCUAGCUUUUCGAAUGGGCCCAUUUUAGCAGGGACUGAUGGAAAUGUAUAUUCUCCAGGGACCCAGCCACUGCUCACAACUGCUGCUAGUACUUUAACAUCAACCUCGUCCGAGUCCGUACACCAGGACAUAAGUACAACUUCAACAGCCGUUGAACAAAAGAAGUCUAGCCUUUUUAUCUACCCUUCAAAUAUGCAAUCUGUGCUUUUGGGCGCAGCACAGGUAGAUCUGCCAUCUCAGACAAAUCAGCAGAACCUGGGGGAUAUCUUCCAGAACCAGUGGGGUUUAUCAUUUAUAAAUGAGCCCAGUGCUGGGCCUGAGACUGUUCUUGGGAAAUCAGUGGAUAAUAAAAUAAUGGAAGUGACAUUUCAAGGGGAAUAUCCUGCCACUUUGGUUUCACAGGGUGCUGAAAUCAUUCCCUCAGGAACUGAACAACCUGUGUUUCCUAAGGCUUAUGAGCUGGAAAAACGGACUAGCCCUCAAAUACUUAGUGGUAUUAUAAAGCCUGGGACUGCUAGUGAGAUUGGAGUCUUGUCUUUGGAGCCACAUCACAUAGGUGACCUGCAAAUGGCAGAAACCAGUAGCCAAGGUGCUUUAGUGUUCCUCUCAAAGGACUAUGAACUAGAGAAUCCCUUGGCCUCUCCUACGAACAGUUUGUUAGCCUCCGCCAAAGAUCAGAGGUGCCAGAGAGGCCUAGGAAGGAAAGAUAGCUGGGGCUCUUUUGACCUGAGGGCUGCUAUUGUUUAUCACACUAAAGAAAUGGAAUCUGUUUGGAAUUUGCAAAAGCAAGAUCCCAAAAGGAUAAUCACUUACGAUGAAGCCAUGGAAUGUCCAGAUCAAUGAAGGUAGCAGGACAAGACUGCCUGUUACAACCUUUCUGCAGCGUGAUGCUGUUCACAGGGGACAAAAGGCUUUUUAUGCGCCUUCUAAAUCUUCAGUGCAGCAGAGGAACCAUAACUAGAAUCACAGGAUAAUAUAUACAAAUUAUAUAUAGUUAUUUAAAAAAUGGCGACUGAAAGUAAUUAGACUUCUUAAGGAAUCUGAAAAUUUAUUUCAACAGACUUCACACGUGAUUAUUUAAUCUCCGGUACUGAAUAGGGUUUUUUAGUUUUAUUUUUUGUUUUUGUUUAAAGAGCGAAUGCAAAUGAUUAACGAAUACAGACUCAGUUCACAAGCCUGGUUCUAAAGUUCCUGCUGUCAUCAACGUGGGCAACAGUGACCGUUGGAGAGGCAUUUCCACUUUACAAGGUUUCUGUUUCUUGUUCUGUGACUGUAGUGAUACACUAAUCACAGGGAAAUUGGGAUGUUUCACCAUCCUUCAUCUCCCCUUCCCCUCCACCUCCUUUUUGUUUUAUUUUGUUUUACUUUGAACCCUGUGCGAAUGCUGGUGAAACGCCUUGAAGUUUGCAGGGUUUCCUUUUUUCCAGAGAAUAUAAUCUGCAUGUCUUGCCAGGAGUCAAACAGCCCAUCAGGUGCUGAGAAAAUUGUCUUAAAGCAUCGUUCUUCUGGGGGGAAGAUUGUAAUUCUGCAGUACUGGGAUACACGUUGGUUUUACAGAGUUGACAAAACUCCGGUUACAUUUUGGACUAUUACAACUGAAGCGCUCUUUCACGAGUGUCAUUUUAAAAGACAACAUGCAAAACAAGCAAUUGGUUUAGGCAUUUAAUAUGGAAAAAACCCUGUUCCCACACUUUUAUGCCAUUGUAUCACUGGGAGCAAAAAAAAAAUAUAUAUAAAUACACAUAUAUAUAUCUCCUGCUAUCAAAUGUAGGUGCUUCAUAUUUGCUCUGUCUGUCUCAACACUAAAUGUGCUUUUUUCCUGUUUUCACUGAAAACCUGAAGAGAAAUUGUUCUGCUAACUUUCACCCUUCUUCAAUAAUUUUUUUCUCUUUAGAAAUAAGUUCUAAAAAAAAGAAAAAAAAAAGAAAACAAAAAAAAAAAGAAAAGGAAAAAGGAAAAAAGAGAAAAAAAAACCUAUGGGAAUCGUAACCCUUUUCCAUUUGUCCCUGAAAGCAAUGGGUGAGGGAAUACUGUCCCGGCCAUUGGAAAUAUUCUUUUAUAUUUUAAUGCAGUCUGUGUAUUUCUGAGCUCUUUUGCUGCUUCUCAUUAUAGCUCUAUUAAAAUAUAUUUUAUUACAAGAGCAAAAUGGGGGGUGGGGUAGGAAUGAAAAUUUAAAAAAAUCAAAACAAAGGAAAGCUUUCUGGCAAUAGCAGAGAAGGCGGAAGAGUGCAGGCUCCAAUUGUGUAAUCCAUACUGUUGCGCUGCAGCUUGUGUGAAGCAUGUUAAAAAUGUGUUGGGGGUUGGUUUUUUUGGUUUGUGUGUGUUUGUUUUUUUUUGUUGUUUGUUUUUUUUUGUAGGUGCAAAAUUCCUGGGGUCCAAUGUAAGACUGAUCAGUUAAUCAUUAGUGAAACAAAACAAGUUUUCUGGCCUGUCCAAAUUCCAUACAGACACAACGCUUAAAUAUUCUUGUAUGUUCACAGCUGAGUGUAGGCUAAAAUAUUUGGGCAUUUAGAUUGACAGGAGUUAGCAUCUGGUAAAAUCAGACUGGAUCCCAUGGGGUAUUAGGGGACAGAAAUAACCCCAUUACUUUUGCCUACUCUUUGUGCUUAGAUGUAUCUACUCUUUUUUUAAUGAAAAUAAUUAGGUAUGUAGCAUGUGUUGUUUUUUUUUUUUUCUUUUUUUAAUUGUUUCAUGCUUUUAUUGAGGUUUGUUCCUGAAUGAAGCUCUCAGGUUCAUAGUGGGACAAAGAAACUUUAAUUUUUCCUGUACCUUUUUAAAAUUGUUCGCUUUCUGCCAUGCUUAGUUUUAAAAGUAUAACUGUGGAUUGCCUACUCCAUUUUAUCAGUCCAGGUUCAGAAACUUGUGGUUGGCCAGUUGCGGAAUAGUUCUAUUUCACCUAUAAACUGUAUCACCUUUACAGGUGUUUGUAACUUUCAAAUGUACAAUAUGUUUACAGAUGUGCCCUGCAUCUAGUCCUCCCACGUUCCUAUUUUUUAAUUCUGUUAAGUCUCCUGACUGCUUGCCAAAAGUUGGAAUCGCUGUCAGUUUCUCUGUGAAAGAGAACUGAUGAUGCAUUCUUGAGCUUUAAAGUGUUGAACAAACUGGAAAAUAUGACUUAAAAGUUGAGGCGAAAAAUGUUUGUUUGGUUUUUUAAAAAAAUCUUUCAGGUCAAUAGCAAAGUCUCUAGUUUGUUUUACAGGCUUUAAAGUUCCGCUGUAUAUUUAUUUGCCUUGUGUAAUCACUUGCCGCCUUAAGGGCUGGAUUCCAUAUAAAAAAGCCGUUUUGCUUGCAUGGGGUAUAAAGCUGUGCUCCCCACAACAUCUGCUUUUGGGGCUGGUGUGAGGCAGGAGCAGAAUAGCAAUAUCUUUUAAAUGGAAUCUGACCCUUAGAGUUUAGAAAUGUGUCUUAGUCUUGCUGAGUAUUGAGGAAACUCACCUUAGCUAAUCCAGUGCAUCUUUCAAAUAAUGAAAUAAGUUCUCAAAAGAAACAGAAUAAAAUAAUCUCUAAAUGUUUGUUCCCCCGGCUUUUACUCACAUCUUGCCCCUUCCCUAGGCCCAUUGGUAUUUGACACAGAAACACCUUCUACAGUUCUCUCCAUUGUGUUUCUGAGCAUCUCAUCUCUUAAAAUAUUUCACCAUCUGCCUCCUCCACUCGAAAGCUCCAUUGGUUGUACCAUUGGCUUUAAGCAGUUAGGAAAUUCUCUUUCUGAGAGCCCUGUAGUUCCAGCUUGCUAACACAGGCAGUAUUUCUGGGCAACAGAAACUUUGGAUAAACUUUAUUGCCUAGGGACAGGCAGGACCAUGGAAUAAACUUCCUUUGUGCUGGUUUGUAACACUUAACCCUCUCUGUGUCUGCAGUCUUUCUCCUUAAGUCCUCACACAAUUCUUUACUGAGCACUUAUUAAAAAAAAUCUUAAGAGUUAAUCUGUUUUCUGAUUAUUUUUGUGUAAAUUUAUAAAAACAAAUUCAGCUGUGACUAACUUAGUCCAUUUAAACAAUGCUAUUGUGUUACUGAUAGAUCUCUUGAAUUUUCGUUGGACUCAGAGUAUUAGUACUGUAGCAUAAACCAAAUACAGCCUAGAAAAGGUGCCACCGUCUCCUGUUCUGGGGACUGAAUACGGUGUGGGGGUGCAUGCAGGGAGGUGGGACGUGAAGACUAGGAACUGAAUGAAUGUGUGUGCAAGCGUUUUAUUCCUGUUUGCAGAACAAACUUUGUAUUUAUUUUUGUGCCAUUUGUUUUUAUUACACUGAGUAAAAUAAGUUUAAAACAAAACCCUAAAAUACAUGUAGUAUUGGAAAGUGGCACUAAGAAUGAAAUCAUGAUCUAUUUUUUUUAAUAGCUAUGAAGAUACUAAUUCAGGUUAAAGGCUUCUUUUAACUUUCUCUUUUGAUUGUAGGCCCUAUGAGUCAACCUACUCCUUACCCCUCCCCCUUCCCUUACCAAGUGAAGUUUUAUAUUUAUUUGACUAUUCCAGCACAAGAGGGGUGUGUGUGUGUGCGUGGGUGCGCGCGCGCACAUGUGUCCUCUUCCUUCCUCCUGACUAAAAUCUGAACCCCACCGCCACCACCACCUCUCUCCUUUCCUCAUCCCUCUAGUGGCAGGUUUCGUUGGGGUAUUAGCUGUAAUGUGUCUUGCACAAAUGAAACCUGAAUGUGUACCAAAAUAAACACGUGGCUAUUUCUCUUUGGUGGACUGAGGUGUGUUUUUUGUCCACUCCAAGGAAUGGCUUAACAGUUGCCCUGUGUUUUCCCCUUCCCUCCUGUGAUGGAGAUGUCGGUCCUUUCAUUCAGACAGCAUUGGCCUCUGUGCUCUCCUCAUCUGGUAUCCCAUCAGACUGACGGCUGUGGUUACUCUCAAGUUUUUGAUUUUGUAUUUGAUUUAAAAAAAAAAAAAAGUCCCAGCUCAGUCAUUUGGGGACCCUGAUUACAGCUGCAGAAGCCAGUUGCCUAGCAGAUCUGGUGUGCACCUUUGAGAACUACCUGUGUAGUGUAGAUGGCUUCUGGUUUGUCACUAACCCAUUUUGAACCAUAAAUCUGACUGUUUGCCGCCUUUAAUUGCUGCAAAUUUCUUUUCAAUAUGGAAAAGACAAAUUUAACCGCAAAAUGGAACUGUCAUGUACUCAACGGCUGGGGAAGGGGACUAGAGAGAGCAGGCCAUUUCAGUCAAAACAAAAAUCACUUUCUGCUUUGAGAAAAUAACUUCAGAGAGAUGGAAAUUGUCCUCUCUAACUUUCAUAGGCAAUUAGUGUUUUUUCUACCACUCCUUUCAAAGACCAGGAUUUUGAUGCAAAUGCACCUUCCUCGUUAACAGCUGCUAAAAGGUGGUGGUGGUAGUAGAAACAUUUCUUGAUGGUAGCAUGGCAGAAAGUUGUUACAUGCAUAAUUAUUGCAGGACAACUUGUACGUGGCUAAUAGUGUCUCUGUGUGUUAAGGUCUUGCUCUUUCUGGUAAUAGCAUUUUCAAUAACUUGCUCCAGUGUCCGGUGCUUUCAGUAAUCCUAUCACUCGGAUGUUUUUGUACAUGUUUAGUGUUCACUUUCAUUACCGAGGCUGUUUACAAGGGAGGAGGUGAAUGGCGUUAGGAGAGGAGAGAGCAAGGCUAAAUAUGAUUCAAGCUGCUACAAGAGUUUUUGUGCACAAGGCAAGAUUCACUUGAUGAUUACAAGAACUUCGCUAACCAGUGUGGUGUGGCUGAAGCAGGGAAUGGUGGGGGAGUGGAUAGAAAUCCUGGCUUUUGGCACCAUAGGGUUAAUGAAAGUAUGCCUACCCAUGUGAAAAAGUGAAACCAGUUGAGAACCAUGAAUCUGGACUGAUCCAAAGGAUUGGAAGAUCUCCGGCUCCUCUACAGACACGCUGCAUUACAGAGCUUCAAAAAUUUGCCCAAUUUGUAUUACAUCAGCAGGGUAAAGCUGGCUUCCUUAUAUCCUGUCUAAAGUCCUCAAAGUUGUAUAACUUAGCACCAUGACACUAGAGGUAGUGGAUGUCUGAGGCAGCACAGGAGUGUUGUAUUGCAUGACCUUGUGUUCAGAGUAUAAUUCCUCGGUGAUGCGCUGCUAGGAUUGUUGGGUUGCUGUUGUGAAAUGGAAAUCUCAUUAAAGGAACAGAAGUCAUAGCUUUGCUUUCACUGGGGGAUACUGAGUUGUAUUUAUCAUUGACUGUUAAUCAGAAAACUUCACUUGUAUCCAGAGUUCUAAAGCCAUUUUGUAACAUAGCAGUAUCCCUUUUCUACAGCCUUAUUAAGUUUAGUAGCUUUUUUAAAAAAAAAAUUUCAAUUUCUUUCUGUGGUAUGAGCAUUGUAUACUGCGAACAUAUGGACGUUCAGCAAAUCUCAAACUUGCAGUUUUUCCUUAAAAACUGUCUGCUUUCCAUACAGUCUUUCCUCAGGUGCUAAAUAAGGGUUCCAAAAAAAUUGAUACUGCUUUAGGAGUUUCUGCUUUAUUCCUAAAAUACCUAUUUUUUUGCUUAGGUGUUAUAAAGAUUCAGUAUUUUAACAAGAAUGUUUUUGUUUUAAUAUGUAAAUAAGAAUAUGCUUCUUUAGUUUGGGUUUUAUCCCGUUUGGGCCUAUGUUAGUCUCCUUUAUCCUUUUGAGAAGGACUUUCUUGUGACCUUGAAGACAUUUCAUUAAGUGUUGCGUUUAAGAAUGAAUCUACAAUUGUUCACGUCUUGGAUUAAUGCUACUGCUGCUAUCAGUAACUCUGAAAAUCAAGAAUGUGAUGCACUUUUUACAUGACCAUAUAGUUCUUCUAAGGACGGUUUGACCCCUCCUGUAAAACAGCCACUAAUUCUGAGGGUAACCUAGAAACUGAAAUAACAGGGUUUGGAAGAUGAGCGUAACUAAUUUUGGUGCUGAACCAUCUAUGAGGAUUACUAUGCAAUGCAAGCAAAAGAAAACUUAACUUCAAAGAACACUGUGUCUCAUCCCUCCGUCAGACUGCUAUUGGAAAGGUGGUGCAAAUGCCUGAGAUGUCACUUUCUCUUCCUUUUUGGCUGGAACAGGGAAUACAGCUAAGAGUAACCUUAGGUCAAAGAAAUCUAGCUGAAGCAUGUUCUGUUUUGUAGCCAUGUAGAUCUUUGGAAGGAAAAUGCUGAUGGCUGCAAAAUCAUGGUUUUAAUGCUUAAUCUCAAUGUGAAAUUUAUGGCGAGGAUUAACCAGCAGUAUUAUUAAAUCAUCUGACCUCCCUAGCCAAUUGCAGCUCUGCUUUCCCAAAGUUGUGAAACUCUUAUUUUUGCCUGGUGUCUUCUCUGGCUGCUCUCAGGCUGAUUGGGGGAGGGGAGGGGGAGAGCCCAGCUGGCAUCUGAGGUUAGCUGUCUUUUCCCAUAUUCCACUAGUGCAGCGAGACCUUGAGAUUGGGGUCUUUGCUUUGUUUAGCAACAGAACAAAAAUGUGAAUGAUUACAAAUAAAUGAAGGCAUACGGGUUCGUGAGAAGGAGCGUGUCUCUGGUAUAAUGGCACUGGCUCGUUUGACAUAGACGCCCCAGAGCUAUUCACCUUUGUGGUUCUCAGCCAGAUCACUCACAAGCCAUGCACUCCUGUUCCGCAGGAGAGCUUGCAUGCCGUUAAGUGAGAGAUUGCUGGAGGAACAAAAGGGAAUUUACUUGAUCUUUCUGUUGUAGACAACUUUUUUUUUUAAGUGGGUAGAAAUUUUUGUAGGGUGAGAAGAAUUGAGGGGGUCUGAAAUUGUAUGUGACUUGUUUCAGAAGCAUGAUCAAACUGCAAUAUGGUAGGUAAAUAUAGAGCAGAGUCUUCUGCCUCCUUCAUUAGCUUCUCAGCACCGUAUUUUUUUGUUGACCGGUGUUUGCUUUUUAAUAUAACGUGCCUUGCAUGCCUAUUGAAUUUUAAAAAAAUAAUAAUUCAAAUUGUCAAACUCUCACCAGUGAUUUGUUGUGGAGUUUUUCAUUGUAAUUCUGGGCUUCUCACCCCCUUGUAUAGCAUAACGAACUCCCCCUUCUGCAAUCUGGGAUUGGCUAUAGUUCUCAGUAAUGAGCUGGAUCAGCUGUCAAAACGAGGGCAUAAUCUUAAAUUGACUCUGAAUAGUGGCUGUUUUACAGGCUUGGGGAGAAAUUCAAAUCCUAUGAUAUGGCACCUUUCCUAUCUGAACGUGACCCAUAUUUGUGUGUGUUUAAAGGAAUCCUGGCUUGCUGUUCUUCCCCUAUUAGCAAAAGAAGGUGUUGUAAUGCUUUGUCUGCAGAACUGGAAGGUCUGGAAUCAACUACACUCUGGAAUUCAGGUUUUCUGCAGAAGCUGAAAAUUCCAUUUACUGGGCAGGAUUUUCCUCCCAUUUUUCCCCCCCCUUUAAGUUUUGUAAAGGAAAAAAGAAAAUGCACCUUGCUUAAAAUAAAAAGAAAUGCUUGUUUGCAACCAUUGACUCAGAAUAUUAAACUGUGCAAUUCUUGUUUUCUCCAUUUCUGCAGCUCUCUAGAUUCAGUCUCCCCAAAGUGAUUUUUUUUCUGUUUUAAGACUCUCUCUCUCUGUAUUUCUGCCACUGUAAAUGUGAAAGCUUGCUUGCAUUACUUUUUAGAAAUGCAUUUUGCACACUCGGGUUUCGCUGAAGCUCCGUGAAAAGGUUAGUCCUAAGCAGAUGAAUAAAGCUAUGCACAUGUUUUGAAAGUUUAAUUUGUGUCUCAUUACCAGAAGUGACUUAUCUGUUCUUGUUUGCAUUCCUGUGCUAUCAUUGCAUACGUUGGCUUUCCCAUCUCUGAGAACGAUGGCAGUUCUGUGCUAUCAGUCCACUAGCAGAAAACUGGUGCUUCUUUUAGUAGCCUGAAGCGGGGGAAGGGGUUGUUUUAAAAGCCUAAUUUAGAGAUUUAAGUAGGAGGGAGAAGGGUGUGGUGUGUCAUUUUGCUGGAUAUAUCCCUUGGUCUCAUUGAGCGAAUGUGUCCUUUCUGUUAAAGACAUGACUGGAGGGUGUUACCUCCAGACUAGCUGAGAAAUUGCAGUGGGGAAAGGCUGAUCAGUUUACACUUGCUGCUUUUCAAUCCCAUUUGAAAGGACAGCCCUGAUUAUGGGGUGUUAACUUGAAACUAGUUGAACAACCCAUUUGCUUAGAUAAGUGUGGGGUGGACUAAUUGUAAGCUGUGUAGAGGGAAAACAACUUAAACCCGUUGAGUCUUUGCCCAUAGUGCAAGGCCAGAGACAGGCUCAGCUGUUCUAAUUGCUGCAGAAUGCGUGCAGUAAAUGGGGGACAUUGACCACAUUGAAGCUGAUGGCAAAAAUCCCUUUGAUCUCCAGGAAGCCAAGAUUUUUGCCCUGUGUCUUUACUUCUGUUUAUGCAGAUGUGUGGCUGUGCUACAUUGGUUUGAUUGAACC